GUGGAGGAGAGGACUGGCGGGCAAGGCGCCAUGGAGCCGGAGGGGGCGGUGCGCCAGCCUGGGAGUGGCCAGAGAGCCCCCAAGGAUGAGAAGGAGAUGAUCCGUCGAGCCAUCCAGAAGGAGCUGAAGAUCAAGGAGGGCAUGGAGAACAUGCGGCGUGUGGCCACAGACCGACGCCACCUGGGCCAUGUGCAGCAGCUGCUGAGGGCCUCCAACCGCCGCCUGGAACAGCUGCAUGGCAAGCUUCAGGAGCUGCAUGCUCAGGUUCUGCUGCCGGCCUCAGCCGAGCCAGUGACCUCAGGACCCCAGGCACGGGCAGAGCAGUCGAGGGCUCGGCUCUUGGAGGCUUUACAUAGGCAGCUGCAGGUGGAGCUGAAGGUAAAGCAGGGGGCUGAGAACAUGAUUCACACGUGUGCCAGCGGCACCCCCAAGGUGAGUGCUGGCAUCUGAUGAAGAGGCGUAGGCCUGGCUUCUCAGCUACCUGACUUAGCUCUCAGGUAUAAGGAGCACAAAGCCAGGCCCUGUGCCAACAGGGAAAUGCUACCCUGCCCCAACUCCUCACCUAAGGCUAGAAGUACAGGUGGUGGUGGUGGUGGGGGGGGGCAGCAAGGCUCUGAUCCACACUGUCAGCAAGGUUCCACAGAAGUCUAGCGGAAGAGCCAGCCAGCUGCCAGUCCAGCUCCCAGCAGCCCACCCUCUGUGCUCCAUCUGACAGAAUCCUUACUACUUAGCUUGUCAAACUGAUACAUGUCAGAUUCUGCUCGCCCCGCCAUCCUCCGCCGCCGCCCAUUACCUAGUUCAACAAGGGAGGCUUGCCUAUAGUACCUUCCUUGUAGGGGUUUGAAGCUUGGUGUGACAGGGAGUCUCGGCCCCACCCAGGCCCUGGUGGUCUGCCAUAAGCCCCAUCUGAUGGAGAUGAGUGUCACCUCCCCUAGGAGAGGAAGCUCCUGGCAGCCGCCCAGCAGAUGUUAAAGGACAGUCAGCUAAAGGUGGCCCUACUCCGGAUGAAGAUAAGCAGUCUGGAGGCCAGUGGGUCUCCAGAGCCAGGCCCUGACUUGCUGGCAGAGGAGCUGCAGCACCGGCUUCGAGUAGAGGCUGCUGUGGCUGCAGGCGCCAAGAAUGUGGUGAAGCUGCUUGGUGGCCAGAGGAUGCAGGACCGCAAGGCACUGGCAGAGGCCCAGGCCCAGCUCCAGGAGUCCUCUCAGAAGCUGGACCUCCUAAGGCUGGCUCUGGAAUUGCUGCUGGAGAGGUUGCCUCCCACCCACUCUCUACGCAGCAGGGUGACCCGAGAGCUGCGGAUGGCCAUGCUUGGGAACCCCCAGCCUUUGGGGACACUUGUGAAACCCAUUGCCCUGACAGGGACACUGCAAGUUCGCCUCCUGGGCUGCAAAGAUCUUCUGGUAGCUGUGCCUGGACGGUCCCCCAUGGCUGUCCUGGCAGGUAGCCCUUCUGAAAGCUGGCUCCGAACCAGGUCCCGGCAGCAUCGUGGUGGAGGCGAGCUGGGCAGUGAAGUACUGGCUGUGUUGAAGGUUGACAAUCGUGUUGUGGGCCAGACAGGAUGGGGACUGGUGGCUGAGAAAUCCUGGGACCAGGCUUUUGUCAUCUCCUUGGACCGAGCUCGUGAGCUAGAGAUCGGGGUUCACUGGCGGGACUGGCGACAGUUGUGUGGUGUGGCGUUCCUGAAGCUUGAGGACUUCCUUGACAAUGCCUGUCACCAGCUUUCUCUCAGUCUGGUGCCGCAGGGGCGACUCUUUGUCCAGGUAACCUUCUGUGAGCCUGUCAUUGAAAGGAGGCCUCGGCUGCAGAGGCAGAGACGCAUUUUCUCUAAGCGGAGAGGCCAGAAUUUCCUGAGAGCUUCCCAGAUGAACCUCAGCAUGGCAGCCUGGGGGCGCCUGGUCAUGAGCUUGCUGCCCCCCUGCAGCUCACCAAGCACAGUCAGUCCCCCUAAAGGGUGCCCUUCAACGGUAGCCUGUGGGACCUCCGAUGCUGCUUCCCCCAGUAACUUCCUGCCUAUGAGGACUCUCUCAGAAGAUACGAAGCCUCCUCCCAAGCCCCCACGCCUCUAUCUCCGAGAACCAGCCCCAGGGACUCCUUGUACCAAGCGCCCCCACAUGGACCCUAGAACUGGAGUAGUGCCCGCCCUGGCAGUCUUAUCCACCAGGAAUCCCCCCAGACUUCAAGACUUCCGAUGUUUGGCUGUGCUGGGCCGGGGACACUUUGGGAAGGUCCUCCUGGUCCAGUACAAAGGAACAGGAAAAUACUAUGCUAUCAAGGCACUGAAGAAGCAGGAAGUGCUCAGCCGGGAUGAGAUUGAUAGCCUGUACUGUGAGAAGAGGAUCCUGGAGACUGUGGGUCGUACAGGGCACCCCUUUCUGCUUGCUCUCCUUGCCUGCCUCCAGACCUCCAGUCACGCCUGCUUUGUUACUGAGUUUCUGCCUGGAGGAGACCUCAUGAUGCAGAUUCACGAGGAUGUCUUUCCUGAGCCUCAGGCCUGCUUCUACCUGGCAUGCGUGGUCCUGGGGCUGCAGUUCCUCCAUGAGAAGAGGAUUAUUUACAGGGAUCUGAAAUUGGAUAAUCUACUACUGGAUGCCCAGGGGUUCCUCAAGAUUGCAGACUUUGGGCUGUGCAAGGAAGGAAUUGGCUUUGGUGACCGGACCAGCACUUUCUGUGGCACCCCAGAGUUCCUGGCUCCCGAGGUUUUGACGCAGGAGGCUUACACACGGGCUGUGGAUUGGUGGGGGCUGGGUGUGCUGCUCUAUGAGAUGUUAGUGGGUGAGUGUCCAUUCCCAGGGGACACAGAAGAGGAGGUGUUUGAAUGCAUCGUCAAUGCUGAUGUCCCAUAUCCCCACUUUCUGUCAGUGCAAGGGCUCGAACUCAUUCGGAAGCUCCUCCAGAAGUCCCCAGAGAAGCGGCUAGGGGCAGGAGAACAGGACGCAGAGGAGAUCAAGGUUCAGCCAUUCUUCAGGACUACCAACUGGCAGGCCUUGCUGGCCCGCACUGUCCAGCCCCCCUUUGUGCCUACCCUCUGUGGGCCUGCAGACCUUCGUUACUUCGAGGGAGAGUUCACCAGCCUGCCUCCAACCCUGACCCCACCAGUCCUCCAGAGUUCCCUCACCGCACGCCAACAGGCUGCCUUCCGGGACUUUGACUUUGUGUCUGAGCAGUUCUUGGAGUCCUGAGGGUCUCCUGGCACCUCUGCCAGACUGUAGGAAGCCUCCACUCAUCCAUGUGCCUGGGCCAAAGUAUUUAACGAGCAUGUGGGAUUCCAGGUAGUGGCUGUGGGGCUGCUGUUCGAGGCUCUUCUCAGUGUCCCUGCUGUGUCUAUAACCCUCUCCUUAUUCUUCUGCUUCCUGGGAGACCCCAGACCAGGAAAGACCCCACGGCAGCGUGGUUUCUCUUUUUAAUACUUGACUUUAUAUAGACUAUUAAAUUAAUAAAACUGUACACU